AUGCGUUCUAGCUAUAAGUCGUUUGGUCCUAGUCAAUCUAUACUUUCAUAUAAUCCAGCACCACCACUAGCUCGGAGCGGUUCGAGUAGUACCAGACCAGUGAAUCGUUACGAACAGCCUCCUGCCACUGCACAGCAGAAUCAGUACAGGGACCGAGGGUCGUUUCUGCGAGAAGCGGGUAGAGAAAGUGGGACGGACUACUCUGCUAGAUCAAGAGAAAUCCGCCGAUUGUCCGACGAUAAAAAAGCUCAGGACGGUGCAACAAGUUCGAGAAUUCCUCGUAGCGAAGAAACCAACGCUCUCCUAGAACGUUAUGGAGUUAGAAAAUCUUCAAAUGCUCAAACGGCUGCACAGACUUAUCUUCAACAGCGCAGGCAACAACAGCAGCAAUCAUAUCCGGAUUCAGGAACUUCCGCAAGGAGAAGCCUGGAUGGUGGUAGCAGCACAUCAGCAGUUGGCGAUGUGGUGUCCAAACCAGAGUUUCCUAAACCUAAGGACCAAAAACCAACCAGUCAGGACGAACACAUUACACAAAGCGAAUACAUAGCUCGAUUACUAGCAGCGCAUAAUCGCGUGGACGAGCUGCUCAAAUCCCGAGGAUUGAGUGCUGAGGACGAGUCCAAGUAUUUACGUGCUUGGAAGAGGAUACCACUCCUUCGCAAACAGAAUAGAGUUCCAACGACUGGUAAUUCAAGCGAUUCUGGUCUUUCUACAGACGACGAA